AUGGGUCUUGCAGCCCUGGGGUCUUUGACCGAUGACUUGGUCACCGCCGUCGUCAAAUUCCCCGCCGAUCAGAAAGAGUCUACGCGCGUCUUGAAUAUCAGGCGCCGUGCUCAGGCAUCUCUACGCCCAAGUGGCCAUAGUCUCACUGAUCAAUUUGUGGUGGCCCGCCAGCUGGAAGGUCUACAGGAGAAAUUCCAGGUCGUCAAUCGAGAUGAACUGGCCGAGGCUUUGCGGGGACGCCUCGUGGAAUUAGAGAGUUAUCGAAGCAACUGGACCCCAGAGAUCCUGAGCUUACUCUUGCAACUAUCCGAUCGCCCGGCUGCAUUGGCCAAACUGGAUAAUCUUUCCAAACCAAUCCAGCCACUGGCCGAGGAAUCACUGUCAUUGUCUGACUUGAAGGGCCUGGGCGGUGCUUUCAGUGAGGAAGACAUAUGGGAGCAGGUGGACUUCACGGCAGACUCAUCAGAUGAUGAAUUAGCUUCGGUCUCCAGCGAAGAGUCGCGUCCUCGAGCCCCGCCUCGGACCCCCAGUCUCUCAGAACAGGACUACGUCAUUCCAGACGAGGUCUUUGUUCCGGGAGAAGACCGUGAACUCAUCGCCUCUAUAGAAAAAGUCCAAUUUUGGAAACCAGAGAAUUAUCAUCAAGUUACUCAGCAGGACGAAAAUCCAUCUCGAGUCAUUACUGAACUGCAGCUGGCUAGAGAAACCAUCUUCAUGCUGCAGGGCCUGCCAACCUCCAUCUUCUGGCGCCUGGAUGACGAUAUUGAAGUGGAUCGCAGUUAUAAUCUUGCACAUUCAUCCAGCAAAGUCUUAGCCUCAUUAUUACACUCUUUUACCGAGAUUGGUGCUAAACUUGAUGCCGUACGACGGUUCACCCACAUUCCACAGACGAUCCCCUAUAUGCAGACCUUCAGCCGGGGCCUUGAAGAACGUCUACUCGAGUUUAACACUCUCCUUUCUCAAAUACAAUGUAAAUAUCUAUCCCCUGGCUCGACAGUCAGUCUUCUCCAGCUAUUAGACGACGUCCGCCUGCAUUCUCAUCAUCUACUCGUUCUUGCCGAUCUUAUUGCCAGAUUGAACCAAGAUCAUACACAACCAAUACGGUGCCUCGACUUGCUCUUUGAUUCGGUAUGCAUGCAAGAAGCCCUUGGUGAUGACAAUGCAACUAGAAGGCUCAGUGCGCUCUUCUUUUCGUGCUUCAAGACAUACUGUCGUUCCAUUCAGCUUUGGAUGGAGACUGGACAAGUCGAUCCCAUGGACACUGCUUUCUUCGUGCGAGUUAAUCGAGAGAAUGGAGAUUUGCGAACCUUAUGGCAUGACUGGCAUUUGCUUGACGAAGGAGUCAAUCGACAGAACAUCCCUCAGUUCCUAGAGCCUGCCGUCAACAGGGUAUUCACAACGGGAAAGAGCAUGGUCUUCUUGCGGCAUUUGAACGCACUUCCUGAACAACCAGAGUUCUCGGAAACCGCUGAAACAAUCUUUGAUCAUGCCAUAUCCUCCGAAAUAUCCUUUAUAUCCCUUCCAUUCGCUGCGUUAGUGGACUUGACAUUUGACAAAUUAGUUGAUGCCAACAACUCCGUCAGUGCUGGUAUAUUACGGACCGAACUAGAUGAGCAAUGCGGUCUCUGGAGCUCUCUCGAUGCAUUGGAGCAUGUGUACCUCGGAAAAGAUCUGAGCAUAUUGGGAACAAUCGACACCAAGGUCUUCGAAUUGAUGGACCGAGGUCGCGCAUGGGAUGACAAGUUCCUGCUCACCGAAGUGACUCGGUCAGCGUUCAGCGUUAUGCCUGAAAUUGAUCCAUCUAGGCUUGUUGUGCGAUCUGAAGGGUCCUCACACCACGAUCAGAAUCGAUCCGUCCACAUCCUCGAAUCUGUAUCCAUUGACUACGUCUUACCAUGGCCCAUAGCCAACAUUAUCACUCAAGUCGCAAUCCAGUCAUAUCAGCGCAUCGCCAGAUUCCUUAUGCAAAUUCGACGUGCAAAAUACGCCCUUGUAAGACAACGUGUACGAGAUGCGCGUGUCUCCACUGAUGAUACCGCGCAGACCCUCGUCCAUGGUCUCCACCAUCACCUCCUCUGGUUCCUCGAUAUCCUCUACUCACACCUUACCUAUUUCGUGAUAUCAACUGCAAACCAAUCAUUCCGCUCCACCCUUUCCCACACAGACGAUGUGGAUACCAUGAUCGCCGCUCAUCAGGCUUAUAUGUCCUCUCUUGAAAACGAGUGUCUUCUUUCAGAGAACCUAUCUCCUAUCCAUGAGGUCAUAGUCAACAUUCUGGACAUGUGCAUUCAUUUUGCAGAUUUACAGGCUGUACACGCAUAUGAGACAACUGCUUCGGAAGAUGGGGUGUCUGAUUCCCGUUUCAUCCCGAGUAAAUCGCGGCGCAGUACAGGGAUCGAUAAUUCCUUUGAUAGUGAUUCAGACGAGGAUGAGGAUGAUGGUCUUGACCAUGAACAAACUAUGACAAUCUCGUUCAGAGAGUCGCCGUAUGAUCUCCAGAUGCGGAACCUGAGGCUCCACUUUGACCACUUGGUCGGGUUUGUUACGGAUGGACUGAAGGGGAUUGCUCGUGCAGAUGGUCUGCCAAGCUGGAAUAUUCUGGCGGAAAGGCUGGAGUGGAGGAAGCGUUUGGCUUAA